UUUUUUUUUAUUUUUUUUUUUUAUGAAGUAUAUGAGUUUUCAGGUAUUGGAUCGGUAAUUCAUAUUCAGAGAAGCUUAUUGGUAUUUUUAGACGGUUCAAAGAAGAAGACCAUCGUUAACUAGAUUCACUUAUCAUAUCAUACUCUUAUCCCCUCCUCAUGGCGUCGGAGUUGAUGUUGAUGAGAAGGUGAGAUUAUAGGGAGUCGGCAAGGCUUGCUUGGUUACAUACCUAGGUGCGCUAUGCGUGUGGGAUAUACACGUCGCUACCAUUGACAUCGUCACCACCACCCACCAUGUCGUCAAAGCUAGAAGCCCUCCUGCCCAAGUUCAAAGCCGUGCACCUGAAACAGCUCGCCUCGCUAUGCGGCGACAAAACCACCGGCAGGAAAAGCGAUCUCGUCGAGCGCCUCGUAGCCCUGAGCCAAGCCGCCAAACCCAAGCGGCCCGCCACCAAGGACUCGCGCCUCGUUCUGAGCAUCGACUUGGGAAUCCGCAACCUGGGAUUCAGCCUCAUUUCUCUCGCCGCGCCGUCAAAGCCAUUGUCGCCCAGGACUCUGACGGUCGACGACCUCCGCCGCCCGCCGCCCGUCCGUCUCCACCGGUGGCAGCGGCGGGAGCUCCUGCCCCCGCUGGAGGACGGCGUCGAGGACCCGGAUAGGUAUAGUCCGGCAUCGUUGGCGGUCGCGACGGACCGCCUCGUGAGGCACGACCUGCUGCCCCUGAAGCCGACGCACGUGCUCAUCGAGCGGCAGCGGUGGCGGAGCCACGGCGCGGCCGCGGUCCAGGAGUGGACGCUCCGCGUCAACACGCUCGAGGCCAUGCUGCACGCGACGUUCCGCACGCUCAAGGAGCUCGGCCACUGGGACGGCGAGAUGGUUCCCAUGGCGCCGAAUAGGGUCACGCGGUUCUGGCCGCCUCCCCCGGGGCUGGCCGUGAGCGAGGAAGCUCCGAAGAAAAAGAGAAGCAGUCGGGCUGCGAAAGAAGAAAAAGAAGAAAAAGAAGAAGAGGUGGAGGUGGAGGAGGAAGAUGAAGCAGUGGCAGAAGCAGUCAAAGGGAAGACGCGAAAGACGACCAAAUCAGCCAAGUCGUCGCAGAACAGCAAGAAGCUGAAGAUCGGCGUUCUUACGGGGUGGUUAGCGGAAACGGGGAAGAGCGAGAUCAUCCAGCCGGCGAACGGGGACAUGGAGAACGCCGUCGCGUGGGUCCGCUCGAAGCUCUCGCGCACGGGGAAGGGGAAGAGGAAAUCGUCGUCGACGACGCCCGACGUGGGGGAUCUGAUCCGCGGCACCGGGUCGCAGAAGCUCGACGACCUGACGGAUUGUCUCCUGCAGGGCGUGACGUGGCUGAAGUGGGAGGAGAACAAAGCGACCCUCCUCAGGGAGGAUGCGGUCAUGAGGCUCCUGGAAGCGAAGCUCUUAGACCAGCUGGAAGAUAGCACGUUGCUCGACGAAUCAUAAAAAAAUAAACAAUAAUAAUAAUAAUAAACAAUCA